AUGCCGUUCCCCUUUGGGAAGUCUCAGAAGAGCCCUGCUGAAAUUGUACGGAAUCUGAAGGAAAAUGUGGCUUACUUGGAGAAACUCGAAGCCUCUGACAGCAAGAAAUGUGAAAAGGUAUCGGAGGACGUGUCGAAAAACCUAGCCUCUUUGAAAGAGGUACUGUGUGGUACAGGAGACAAGGAGCCUCAGACUGAAGCUGUAGCUCAACUUGCCCAGGAGCUUUACAACACCAACCUCCUCAUCUCUCUCAUAGCUAACCUACAGAGAAUCGACUUUGAGGGAAAGAAAGACGUGGUUCACCUGUUCAGUAACAUAGUGCGGCGUCAGAUUGGUACCCGGACUCCCACAGUGGAGUACAUCUCCUCUCACUCUCAGAUCCUCUUCAUGCUGCUGAACGGCUAUGAGAGUGCAGAGGUGGCUCUUAACUGUGGCAUGAUGCUGAGGGAGUGUCUGCGUCACGAACCCUUAGCCCGCAUCGUCCUGUUCUCCGAGGAAUUCUUCCACUUCUUCCGCUAUGUGGAACUCUCCACCUUUGACAUCGCCUCCGACGCCUUUGCCUCGUUCAAGGAUCUGCUAACAAGACACAAGAUUAUGUGUGCAGAUUUCCUGGAAACAAAUUAUGACCGCGUGUUUACAGAGUAUGAAAAGCUGCUACAUUCUGACAAUUACGUCACCAAACGUCAGUCUCUGAAGCUUUUGGGAGAACUACUGCUGGACAGACACAACUUCACUGUUAUGACCAAGUACAUUAGCCGAGCUGAGAACCUGAAACUGAUGAUGAACAUGUUGAGAGAUAACAGCCGCAACAUCCAGUUUGAGGCCUUCCAUGUAUUCAAGGUGUUUGUGGCGAACCCCAAUAAAACCCAGCCGGUAUUGGACAUCUUGCUGAAGAACCAGUCGAAACUGGUGGACUUCCUGAGCCACUUCCAGACGGACCGCUCCGAGGACGAACAGUUCUGCGAUGAGAAGAACUACCUGAUAAAGCAGAUCCGAGACCUCAAGAGACCAGCAGCCCAGGAGGAGUCCUCAUAAAGCGGAUGAGGUGUUCGGAAGUGUUGGGGUGGUGAGCUUUUUUGGAUGUGUGGAUGCGAGAGGGAAUUGGAAAAAAAAAAAAAAAAAAGGGCUUCAGUAGAGCCCUGCCUCUUUACAGUGUGACCUUUGACCUAGGUGUACA